ACAUGACCUAAACUUCUUCUAGUACUAGAAUCAAUAAAGCUCAAAGCUUCCAUGGACAUGAGCAAUAUGCCAUGCACCACCCUCCACUAACCUCUCUCUCUCUCUCUCUGUGCAUUCGUGUUGACAAAUUUAUCUUUUCCUUUUCUUCUUUACUCCAAAAGACCAAGACCAAAUAUUUAUAAAUAUCUCAUUCCCUCCCACUACAAAUUGCCCUUCUCAAAGAAAGACAGUUUCCUUUGCCUUCUUCUUUCCACUCCGCACAAAACAAACCCCCUCAUUCCUUCUGCCCUUCCCUUAAUAUAUUCGCCUUAAUUUCCUCCUCCUCUCACACACUAUACAUGUCACCCUUGCUCCUUCACACCACCGAUUGUUAAUACUAUCUCUCUCUCUCUCCCUCUCUCUCUCCCCAGACCUUGCUAUAUAUAUUUAACAUCUCUCUCACUAGAUCUGGCUGUGGAGAAAAAAUGGGCAACUGUUUAGUUCUCUCCAAGGAGGACAAAGUUUUGAAGGUUUUGAAGACAGACGGGAAGGUUUUGGAAUUCAGAGCGCCAACCCUAGUUAAGGACAUUUUAUCGAACUUUUCGGGCGUCGGUAUCGGUUUAUCAAAGCAAGCUUCGGAGCAGCUUUCCCCUGAUUGCAAACUGAAGCCCGGGAAGGUUUACUAUAUGACUCCCCUUCCGGGUUCUGCAGAAAAUGACAGUGCUGCUACAAGAAGGAUUAAGAUGGUCAUAACAAAGCAACAGCUUCAAGAGCUACUUACAAAGAAAAUAUCAGUACAGGAGGUACUUUCAGAUUCAAAAAUUUGGAAACCGAAGCUCAAAUCCAUCCCCGAAGAAAUCGAGUAAAGUAACUAUGGUUACGUUCCGGCGUAUAAUCUUCAUGAUCUAUGGCUGAUCAUAUACACUUUUGCUUCAAAUGUUCUUAGCUUUUCAAUAAUUUAGUCUUUCUUGUAUAACACGUAAUGAAUGAAUGGUCAUUAAUAUUUUCUAGUCAUGCA